CAGCUCUCCAAAUCGCGAAGUCAAGAAGAGAUUGCCCUCGGUUGAGAAAAAGCUCGUAACGCCUAACUCCAGGGAAAGUAUACUUCUAGGCGAUGAGCUUUAUCGUCGCCUAUUAGCAUAUACCUGUUGGCCUUCAAGAUUGGCAUCCGAAAUUAGGCGUCUAUUUGACUGCUUUACUCAAACCAGAGAAUAUCUUAAUAUAAAAAACACCCUUCAGCAGAAAAACAUCAAGAGGAAGGGAUCUUAUAGGAAUGUGCACGCCCCACUUGUUGCUCCAAUCCUUUUAAAUUUGUUCUCUGCUCUUGCCGCCUUUCAAGAGCCUGUCUCGCUGUCUGCCUAUCCGGAUUACCUACUUGUUAAUCCAAUGCCCAUGGACUUAUGCCUCAUUCGCGCCCGCCUCCUCAAUGGUUUCUACCGCCGACCGGCUGCGUUGGCAUUUGACCUGAAGCUCAUGGCGAGCAACGCGCUGCGCUACAACCAAGCCGGCAGUCGCAUUGUUCGUCAGGCCUGGUUAGCCGCUCGCCUCGGACUCGUCUGCGUAUUAGACCGCCAGAGACGACCCCCUGAAGUUUGUUCAGAUUAUCGACAGUUUUUGAGUCUGGAUCCCGAUUUGUAUCCGGAUGACCAAACAGAAGAGGAAGAUUGGAAAACUACUGAGGAAGUAAAGGAGCAAAGAGAGAUGGAGGACAGACAGAGGGAAAUGUUUGGUACGGAUGAAGUAGAGAAUGGGAUUGCUUAUCCGCUUUCCACAUUUACGGAUCGUCUCAGAAAUCGGUCGUUUGGUGUCGCAUCGCCUUCUUCAGCAUCCACUACCACGACUUCUUCCUCCCAUUCUUCUCGGACGUCGAGACACCUUUGUACUACAUCGAUUGCAUCUAUGGAUGCGCAGCAUCGUGUGAAGGGCACGCAACUUCGCCAUCGCCGAAGACGCGUCAUUCCUGCUUCGGAUGAUGACAUUGGCGAUAACGAAGCCCUUUCGGACUCAUGUAACUUAUUGGGGAGCUCGAGCCUUCUAGUUGGUGCUUCUAAUAGUCUCGUUUCUUCACAAACCCAGCAUAGCGUUUCUUCUUUUGGGUUUCUUGCCAAAUGUCGAUCUAGUGAUGAUGUACCGCCUGACGAUAUCGGCCACACUCUGCGAUCUCCAGCACACCGAUACACCUGGCGUAGUCUUUGCUCCGGCCUCCUAACAGACCUGCUUGCAUCACCACAGUCUCUCUUUUUCCGAGAUCCGGUAAACAUAGAGGAUUAUCCUGACUACCUGAAUUUUGUGCCUCAGCCGGUCGACUUGGGCACCAUCAAACGCCGACUCCACUUACGUAACGGACAGUCCAUCAUCACGGACAGUACGUUUGUCGAUUUCGAGGCAUACUCUGGUCCCGAGGGAUUUAUCAAUGACUUACGUCUCAUCGUAGCUAACUCGAAAGCCUAUAACCGAGUUCGUAACACACAAAUAUACUCCGAUACCAGGUGGUUAGAGCGCUGGAUCAAUGGCACGGCAGUGCCACAUCUUCGUAUAGUCGGAUUAAAUCUGCUGACCAACACACCUCCUUUGACUCCUACACCCUUUAUGAAUCAAAAUCUAGUUCCAUCCUCGUCAGAGCUGAUAGAACAAUUUCAUGCACAAUCUGAUUCAUCUUCAGCCACUCCGUCGACCUCACGUUUGCAAUGGGCCCCCUCACAUGUUGCAUCCAGUGCGACUGAGCCUAGGCAUUUGAGUGGUCCCAAUCUUGGCAGCCAUGCUUUUCCUGUCAACUGUUCAAAGUAUUUGAGUACUGGUCGAAAGGGUCCUAUUUCCAUCAAGGUUGAUGUGAGCAGCGACACUGGUAUCGAAGUCGAUGUGACUCAUCCUGUCAACGGAGGCUCUGCAAGUCAGUUUUAUUGA